CAGGAUUUAGCGGAAACGGCCACUGUGUUGUAUAUUAACGCGAGAACAGAGCACGGGAUUUGAGAGGUCCGAGAUUUGAAUUCAGCACUUCGAGGUGAGCAUUCCGUCGACUAAAAGGCGAAACAAUAGGUUUGGAAGAUGGCCGCUCCGGACGUACGGCUCAAUCAUACCAUCUACAUCAACAAUUUAAAUGAGAAGAUCAAGAAGGAUGAGUUGAAAAAGUCGUUGUACGCCAUCUUCUCGCAGUUUGGACAGAUUCUGGACAUCUUGGUCGCACGAAAUUUGAGGAUGAAGGGCCAGGCCUUUGUUAUUUUCAAAGAGGUUAACAGCGCUUCCAACGCUCUGAGAUCCAUGCAGGGAUUUCCGUUCUACGACAAACCCAUGCGCAUCCAGUAUGCCAAGAUUGACUCGGACAUCAUCGCUAAAAUGAAGGGGACUUAUGUGGAGCGUGACCGUAAAAAGGAGAAGAAGAAGAUUAAAGGCGCUGACGGCGGGGGGUCUAAGAAGGGCGUGCCGGGAGGGGGUGUACCCAUGGUCGGUGGAGUACCCACUGCCAUGCCUGGAAUGCCGGGCAUGAGCCAGGCGCCGCGUAUGAUGCACAUGCCGGGCCAGCCGCCUUAUAUGCCGCCUCCUGGCAUGAUGCCUCCUCCGGGGAUGGCGCCUGGUCAGAUGCCCCCUGGUUCCAUGCCUGGUCAGAUGAUGCCUGGACAAAUGCCCCAACAGAUUGCAGAAAAUCCUCCCAAUCACAUCCUCUUCCUCACCAACCUGCCAGAGGAGACAAACGAACUCAUGCUCUCGAUGCUCUUCAACCAGUUCCCCGGGUUCAAGGAGGUGCGUCUGGUCCCUGGUCGUCACGACAUCGCCUUUGUGGAGUUUGAUAAUGAGGUGCAAGCCGGAGCCGCGCGAGACGCACUGCAAGGCUUCAAGAUCACUCAGGCAAACGCCAUGAAGAUCUCGUUUGCAAAGAAAUAAUUCUUCUCUUUUUAAAAACAAUUUUUAGCAAUCAGUGCUCAAGUGCAGUUUUUUGUUUUUAUCGUCCAGGAUUACAUGUAAGUAUACAUCUGUUGCAUCAAGUUGCUGUGUAUUAUCAUACCACACUUUCAGAACGCUUGACUUAAAACAAUGGUAGUGUAAAUGUAUGGAGUUGUUAUUAAUCUUACUGAUUAGUUUAAUGCAGGAGUUUUGUAUACAUAGUAUUCAAAUCCUCGAGCAACCUGAUGUUCCAUCUGUAUUUUGUUGUCAUGAAGCAUUGCACCCAGCGUCUGGUCUGCCAGACAUUGUACCUGGAGCUUUUUUGUUUUUCUAAUUAAAAUGGGUUUUCUUUGAGACAA